AUGAACGGAAUAGAUAUUGGAGAAGUUAUUGGCUACACACUUAGCCAAACGCUAGGUCUAGGGGGUUACAGCAAGGUCAAGUGUGCCUACGACAAAGAGCUGAAGAUAAAUGUGGCCAUUAAGAUUACUGACAGGAGGAAAGUGUCCAGUAAUUUUUGGAAUAAAUUCCUGCCACGUGAACUGGAGAUCCAAGCCUCACUAAACCACCCACAUAUAACAAAGAUGUUCAAGACCAUUCAUAUAGAUGAACAAAAGCAUGUCAUAGUGAUGGAAUUGGCUUCACAGGGUGACCUGCAAAAACUUAUUAAAAUCAAUGGUAAGCUCUCCGAGGACCUCUCUAAAAAGCUGUUCCUCCAGCUCUCAGUUGCCGUCAAGUACCUUCACGACCAAAAUAUUGUUCACCGUGACCUGAAAUGUGAAAACCUGCUGCUGGAUCAUGACUUUAACUUGAAAGUUGCAGACUUUGGCUUCAGCAAAAGAUUGAGGUAUGUGGGUGGCAAGAUGGUGCUAAGUAACACGUUCUGUGGGUCUGCAGGAUACAUGUCACCAGAAAUACUGCAGAAAAUCUCUUACAACCCUAAAACAAGUGACGUGUGGAGCAUGGGUGUGGUGUUGUUCAACAUGCUGGUCGGCACCAUAGCGUUUGAUGACUCCAGCAUUACGAGGAUGGGAAAACAGAAACAGCACGUAAUCAACUUCCCUGUAGAUCUACAGGACAACUGCAAGAAUGUGUGCGACCUGAUCACCUGCAUGCUGAACCCCGAUCCAGACCAGAGGUUUGACAUUAACCAAGUAAUCCAACACCCAUGGGUGCAGGAACAGUUCAAACUAGAUCAAGGUUCCUUGAGAGAGUCGAGCAGCCCAUCCACAUCAGAAACCGGCACGGAGGAAGUUUAGCACAAGACCAAGGAAGUUCCAAAACCUACACCAAAAGCAUUACAGCAAGCUUUUCCAUUAACCCAAGAAAAAACUUAAUAAAAAGAUG